AUGUUACCCUCCAAAGAGAAGCUUCUUCCUGGCCCUGCGGGUCUACCUAUCAUUGGUAACUUGCACCAGUUUGGAAGAUUUCUUCACAAAUCUCUUCACAAAAUAUCCCAAGAAUAUGGACCGGUGAUGCUUCUCCAUUUCGGGGUAGUCCCCGUGAUCAUUGUCUCUUCCAAAGAAGGAGCUGAGGAAGUGCUCAAGACUCAUGAUCUUGAGACUUGUAGCCGACCUAAGACGGUCGGGACCGGGUUGUUUACUUACAACUUUAAAGACGUUGGUUUCGCCCCUUUCGGUGAGAACUGGAGAGAGAUGAGGAAAAUCAUGGUGCUCGAGCUCUUUAGCCAGAAAAAACUCAAGUCCUUCAGGUAUAUUAGAGAGGAAGAGAGCGAAUUAUUGGUCAAUAAGGUCUCAAACUCAGCUAAUGAGAAACCAAGCUCAUGGGUUGAUUUGAGAAAAGUCAUCUUCUCCUAUGCGGCCAGCAUCAUUUGUAGACUCGCUUUUGGACAAAACUUCCACGAGUGUGACUUUGUCGAUAUGGAGAGAGUAGAAGAGUUGGUGCUUGAGUCAGAGACCAACCUCGGCUCGUUGUCGUUAGCCGACUUCUUCCCUGCGGGAUGGCUCAUUGACCGGAUCUCCGGCCAGCACUCGAGGCUGAAGAAAGCCUUUGCUAAACUCACUACUUUCUUUGAGCAUGUGAUUGAUGAUCAUCUGAAGACAGGACAACCCCAAGAUCACUCAGACAUCAUCAGUGUCAUGUUGGAUAUGAUCAACAAGCCCAGUAAAGUCGGUUCUUUUAAAGUCACUGAUGACCAUCUCAAAGGAGUCAUGUCGGACGUGUUUCUGGCUGGAGUGAAUGCGGGAGCCAUCACAAUGAUAUGGACAAUGACAGAGCUAAGCAGACAUCCAAGAGUUAUGAAAAAACUCCAAGAAGAGAUUCGAACAACACUCGGACCCAACAAAGAGAGAAUCACAGAAGAAGAUCUAGAGAAAGUUGAGUACUUGAAGCUGGUGAUCGAGGAAACAUUCAGAUUACACCCACCAGCUCCUCUCUUGCUCCCAAGGCUAACAAUGUCCAACAUCAAGAUUCAAGGCUUUAACAUCCCUAAGAACACCAUGAUCCAAAUCAACACUUAUACGAUUGGACGUGAUCCCAAAAACUAUACAAAUCCCGAAGAGUUCAUCCCCGAGAGGUUUGUGGAAAACCCUAUAGAGUAUAAGGGUAAGCAUUUUGAGCUAUUGCCGUUUGGAGCCGGACGUAGGGUAUGUCCCGGGAUGGCCACGGGGAUCGCCAUGGUUGAGCUCUGCCUUCUCAGCCUUCUUUACUUCUUUGAUUGGACCUUGCCGGAGGGAAUGACCAUUGAAGACAUUGACAUGGACGAAGAUGGAGCUUUCGUCAUCGCCAAGAAAGUUCCUCUAGAACUCGUACCAACUAUUCAUCGCUGGUGA